UUUUUUUUUUUCUCUCACAAGUUCAUCGUGCUUCUUUUGGUUUAUAAAUACUCAGUAAAAUAAUGGCAGAUACAAUUGAAGCAGAUGUUGAUUCCAUUAUAUCGCGACUUUUGGAAGUCAGAGGAAGUCGUCCCGGUAAACAAGUACAACUGGCAGAACAUGAAAUUCGAUUCUUGUGUCAGAAGGCGCGAGAUAUAUUCAUGAGUCAACCUAUUCUGUUGGAUUUAGAAGCACCCAUCAAAGUAUGUGGUGAUAUUCAUGGACAAUACUAUGAUCUUUUGAGACUAUUUGAAUAUGGUGGAUUCCCUCCAGAAGCCAAUUAUUUGUUUAUGGGUGAUUAUGUAGACAGAGGAAAGCAAUCAUUGGAAACAAUCUGCUUGUUACUGGCAUAUAAAAUCAAAUACCCUGAAAAUUUCUUUAUUCUUCGUGGUAAUCAUGAAUGUGCCAGUAUCAACCGUAUAUAUGGUUUCUAUGAUGAAUGUAAAAGAAGAUAUAAUAUCAAACUAUGGAAGAUAUUCACAGACUGCUUUAAUUGCUUACCUAUUGCUGCUAUUAUUGACGAAAAGAUUAUGUGUAUGCAUGGUGGUCUUUCGCCUGAUUUACAGACAAUGGAACAGAUUCGUAGAGUCAUGCGUCCAACAGAUGUGCCUGAUACAGGUAAUAUAGAACCUAUCUAAGACGGUUGACUGAUAUCUAUACCUAGGCUUAUUAUGUGAUCUUCUUUGGGCUGAUCCUGACAAGGAUAUUACAGGCUGGAGUGAGAAUGACCGUGGUGUUUCCUUCACAUUUGGUGCAGAUAUUGUGUCUCGAUUCUUACAAAAGCAUGAUUUAGAUCUUAUCUGUAGAGCACAUCAAGUGGUUGAAGAUGGCUAUGAAUUCUUUGCUAAAAGGCAGUUGGUUACCUUGUUCUCUGCUCCUAAUUACUGUGGUGAAUUUGAUAAUGCUGGUGCUAUGAUGAGU